UGAAUGAUGUCAUGUAUCUUGAGAUAAUUCGUUUUCACUGAACAAUGGUCUUAUUUUCGGUUCGGCCGUCCUAGCUUGCACCUUUGGGUCGGGAGGUUUGUUCCACGUGGUGACGGGAUUCAAUCGCCAAUUUUCCUCAUGGCCAUCUGCAACCUCAAGCACAUAAUAAGGGGCCUGGGUGCAGGUUAUUGACCUCAAUCUACGACGUCCAGAAUGGUUGGCUGCACUCCAAUCUGCACAUUUUCUUCGAGUGCAGCUGAGGGGUUAAGCUAGUUCACAAUCUCAGGGUCACUGCGGUUGGCGUCUUGAGUUAAGAACUUGUCUUCGACCUUCGAUGUUUCUCUUGUUUCAGACUCGUGACGAUCAUCAGAGGACCUUCAUGGGCACGGAUUGAUUGUCUACAAGGCAUACUCAAACUGUGCUGAUGAUGACAUUCUGGACAAACGAGUAAUUAAAUUUCCAAACAUGACAACUGAUAUCUCAACCGAAGUUGCUAUGUACUGAUAGCGGGAUCAGAUCAUUGUCUGGGAUUCGCUCUAUACGCUGGACGCCAUGAACACUCAACAUAUGAUCCCGUCUCCAACCAAGGAUCAUGACGAGGAACGUGCAGAUCAGUUGCAUGCAACGAGUUCUCCUCGGGGAUUAUACUCGGAAGAGAAGAUGAUUGUCUACAAGGAGGUGGACCCAGCCAUCAGAGGGAUCUCAAUGGACUGGCCUGCAUCAUUAGGCCCUUGCCUCGGCAAGAAGCAAGUCAAGGGUUUAGGAUGGAAGGCAACUCCUUUCAUAUUCGUUGCCGAAUUCGGAGAGAGGCUCGGAGCAUACGGGCUCCAGAUUAACUUGAUCACCUACCUACUCUUCCAGAUGAACAUGGGAACAGCCCAAGCAGCCAAUCUAGUGACUAAUUUCUUCGGAGCAACUUGCAUGGCUCCACUGGCUGGAGCAAUUUUGGCCGACGCAUAUGUCGGCAGAUAUUUGAUAACUGCGUUCGGAUCCAUCAUCUACUUGGUGGGGCUGCUGGUGUUGACAAUCGCGGCGAUCGAUCCGAACCUGCGGCCUCAGGCCUGUACGAAAGAGCAGUGGUUCAUGGGCCAGUGCCAGAAGCCGAGCGCGGUGCACAUGGCAGUGCUCUACCUGUCGCUACUGAUCCAGUGCAUCGGAUCGGGAGGAAUCAGGCCGUGCACGGCGCCAUUCGGAGCCGAGCAGUUCGAGAGCUCGAGCGCGAGGCACAAGACGCAGCUGCGCCACUUCUUCAACUGGUACUAUCUCACCAUCGCCUUCUCCAUUCUGCUCUCGUUCACGCUCGUGGUUUACAUCGAGACCAGCCUCGGGUUCGGCUACGGCUUCGGCUUCUGCGCUCUGGUCAUGGGCCUGGGCGCGCUCGUCUUCGUCGCCGGCACGCCGCUCUACAAGAUCCUGCCGCCGGCCGGCAGCCCCAUCACCAGCCUCGUCCAGGUCACCGCGGCCUGCUGCCGCAAGAGGCGCCUCCCGCUGCCCGACGCCUCGGACUUGUACGACGGCGCGCCCGGCAAAGAAGGCCCCGAGACCAUCCUCCACACGGACAAUUUCAGGUUCCUGGACAGAGCGGCGGCGAUCGACGACAGGGAUGCGGCGGAUAUGGCGGCGCGGGGGCGGUACGACGCCUGGAGGGUGUGCACGGUGCACCAGGUGGAGGAGCUGAAGGUGCUGAUGCGGAUGGUGCCCGUGUGGGCGUGCGCCGUGGUCAUGGCCACGGUUCUGGUGCAGCAGGGAACCUUCAGCGUCGUGCAGGCCAUCAGCAUGGACCGGCGGGUGCGGGUCGGCGGCCUGAGCCUGGAGGUCCCGCCGGCCAGCAUGGCCGCCGUGUCCAUGCUGGCGCUGGUGGCCUUCCUGCCGGCGUACGACCUCUGGCUCAUCCCCGUGCUGGCCCGGUACACGGGCCACCCCAAGGGCCUGUCGUAUCUGCAGAGGAUCGGGGCCGGGCUCGUCCUGAGCGUGCUCAGCAUGAUGAGCGCGGCCCUGAUCGAGACGAAGCGCCGCGACCACGCCCACCGCUCCAACCACGUCGACCUGCAGCCCGGCGAGUUCCUGCGCUUCAGCGCGUUCUGGCUCGUGCCGCAGUUCGUCCUCAUCGGGCUGGCCGACGGGCUCAUGAUAGUGGGCCAGCUGGAGUUCUUCUACGACGAGGCCCCGGCCAGCGUCCGCUCCAUGAGCAACGCCUUUCUGGGCGCCGCCCUCGGCGUGGGCAGCUUCCUCAGCUCGGCCUUCGUGAGCAUCACCCAGUCGGCCACCGCGUCCCGCCACAACCGCGGCUGGCUGCAAGACAACAUCAACCGCGGUCACCUCGACCGCUUCUACUGGUUCCUCACCAUUUUCAGCGGUCUCAACGUCCUCGUCUUUCUCGCAGUUUCGCACUGGUACGUCUACAAGACUCCGGCUCCAGACCCGCCCCACGACUUCCACAAGCCCCAGACCCGGAGUUUCUGAUCGCCGCCGGCCCUGAUCUGAUUCUUCCCCACAGCCCCGGGCCGUCUGCAUGUUGGCGUUGCAUUUCUGACCCUGGAUCCAUGAAUCCAGUUAAUUUCUAGGAUCACGUAUUCGAACUUUUCAAUGUCGAAACUUGUAUUUUAUAUGCAUGUGAGCGGGCGGGGUGCUUGCUGAACUUUCAGAAUCUAGUCACUCAGAGUAUCUAGCAUUCUCCUAAUUGUUCUAGGCGACCAAAUCGGAAACGGUCAACGAACCUUGCAAACGACUUGGCAAAUUUUGUUUUACGUGUAGAACGUAUGGCUUCGCGCGCGUUUCCUUGUUUUCGAUGUGACCCAUACGAGUACCAGGUCAUCAUAAAUCAUGUUCUGUCGCAGAAGUGAAGUGUCUCAGACUUUGGUUUGAAGAUUCCGCGAGCUAAGGUAGGCAAAUCAGUCAGUCAGGCAGGCAGGCUUACAUGCCAGCAAGCAAUAUCCACGUGUACUUGAGGUCUCUACUGGUGCUCCUUCUCUUAUCGUGCCUUCCUUUCCUGUCUGCCAGAAAAAGAAGUGCUGGAAACUAAUGCCAUGGAUUGCAUAGCAACUUGGCACGUUAUAGAAUAUGACCUUCGUGUUAUACGAGUGUCUAACGUGUUGGGGUUCUUGUAGUCUCGUUUUAUACUUCAGACGUCUCAACAUCAUUGAAUCUGUCCUGAACAUUAUUGACCGAGAGGAGGGAGAGUAGGGACCACAUUUUAAGUUAACUGGUUCGCUUAUUGACAAUUCUGGAUAAUAUAAGUUUCAAGGUGUAAGUUUGCUCCUUCCAUGCCCCAACAUUAAUUAUGCAUCUCUAUGUAAAAGAACUCUCCGAAUAACUUGGUGUUUACAUCCUCACUCAGCCCUCGAUUUCUCCCCUCUCCAUCUUCUUUAACAUCUUUGUUUCAACCAUUAUUUUGCCCUAUGAGUUUUUCCAUUUGAUCAUUAUGUGGUCUCUCCUCACUGAUCUUCGUCUUUCCUGGCACAGGCAUCUCAGAAAUUUCUCUAUGAUAAA